UAGUUUUUUGGCACUGAUCACCAACACUUUAACUGAUGAAUAAUCAGUUAGGUUCCUACAUUUUAGGGAACAUCGGAUGAAACACUGACAGAUCGCAGCGAACAGAUGAGGAAAUGGACCGGCAGAGUCCCUCCCAGCCAGAGGCAGUUCACUUCUGCGACGCAUUCUUGUGAUUUUCAUAGAAGAGCAACAACAGCAGCAACCAGUGCCUGUUGGUCCCUCUGAAGAGCCCAACACCCGAAGUCAUGGCGACGCCGAGUUUGUGCCAAGCAGCCUUCGCGGUGUUUCGGCAGAUAGAGCCGAUCAUCGUGCUGGAGCAGCUGGGCAGCACUCUCUUCGACACCGCUCUGCAGAUGGUGGUGAGGGAUAGGACCGCCAACAUCACCGACCCCGGUCACUCCAGCGAGGAGAGCCAGCAGACGGCCAUCACCAACUUCUACAUGACCUAUAACCUCAUCAUCCAGUUCACGCCCGUCAUACCCGCGCUGGUUCUGGCUAGUCUCAGCGACCGCGGUUGGAGGAGGGCGCCCAUCGUGGUGCCCCUGAGCGGGUACCUGCUGUCCAGGCUCGCCCUGCUCCUGGUGGUCAUUUUCGGUCUUCCGCUCAAGCUGAUGUUUGCAGCCGCGGUGGUUUUCGGGCUCUCCGGGGGCUUCAGCGCCUACUGGCCCGGCAUCAUGACUCUGGCGUCGCUCGGCUCAACGGCGGCUGAUCGCUCCAAGGUGAUGAUGAAAGUGGAGCUGCUGUACGGGUUAACAGGAGUGGUGGGCAGCUUGGUGUCAGGUCAUCUGUUCCUGGUUUACAGCUCCAGUCUGGGAAACGGAACCGUCCUGCUCUCUGUGAGCACGCUCCUGAACCUGCUGUGCUUCAUAUUCGCUGCAGCCCUGCUGCAGGUGAAUCGAGUGAACAGCGAGAACUCAGAGGAAAGCUACCACCUCCUCUCCCACGCCUCCCGUUACACUCCUCUCAUCGGGGAUUGUGCCAGGGUAAACAUGGUGAACGUGGUUCUCCUGUUUGCGGCGGCCUUUCUCUACGACUUUGCUGUGGGCGGAGCCAUAGAGGUCCUGGGCUCCUUCGUGCUGAAAUCGCCGCUCAGCUGGACGGCCAUACAAGUGGGAUACGGAAGUGCGGCGGGCUGUGGGAUUUUCAUCACCAGUUUCCUCGGCGUAAUGGUGUUUCGAAAAUGCGUCGGUGACGAAACGAUGAUCCUGAUCGGCAUGCUGUCGUUCGCUGUGGGGAUCUACGUCAUGUCCUUCGUCACUACGACCUCCCUUUUCUACGUUGCCCGUUUAUUAAACCUCUUUGCGCUCAUCCCGAUGCCGACAAUUAGGGCCCUGGUUUCUCAGCAGGUUCCUGCGUCCCGAUGUGGCAUUGCUCUGACCUCUCUCCAGAUGACUCUAAAGGUGGCCGGCGCCGUCUACAUUCCUGCUUUCACAAAGAUCUAUCAGAACAGUCUGACCUGGUUCCCAGGCCUAGUCUUUAUGAUUUCCAGCGUCAUCACAGUCAUUUCCAUGAUACCCAUCAGCAUUGUCGGUUGCAGGUCGGCUCAGAAGCAAGAGUUCAUGAGGAUUCAGGGAGACUGAAGAAGCACUACAGACAUGAGCAGCGAGCUCUUUUUAUUACAAGCAAACAGGGAAAUGAGACGCAAGACGUAACUUAAACAUGCCACAUCCUCAAAGCUGCUAAAGCAGCAUUUUUGGAAAAUAUUUGCCUACUAUAAUUUCCAUUGUGGUGUGAUGGAUGGCACUUUAUCUGACAAAUAUGCAAAACCCACUGAACAAAAACAAAAAAAUAAUAAAAAUGUUAAGCUUUUGAAAUCAUGUCAAAGGUUACAGAAAAACGUCAUCGUCCAGAUCACUUUAUCAGAUGACUGUUUGUUGCUUCUGUUAGAAAAGAAGAAGUCAUUUUGAAAAUGACGCACGCCGGGUGCUUUCAACACUUUGGAGAUUUAGGGAGUGAAUCUGAACCGAGAACAUUACAUAAGUUGGGCCGAUGUUUGGCUCUCAGGUUUUACUCGUUAAUAUCGUAUGUUACAUGUUGGACACUGGAGAUUUAUUAACUUGAAGCAAUUAUUUCAGCUUGGUACCAGUUCAGAAAUGCUAUUGUGAGGCUGGUUGACCCAGUCACCUAAAAUUUAAAAAGCUCUACUUUUUACUUGUUUUUUUUUAUUUUAAACUCAAACAUCCUUGGAUUCCCUGUUGGGUUCAGGUCAGAGGUCAGGCUGGGUCACCGCAUACAGUCAUUGGUGACUGUAUGAUGUUUUCAUGUUUUCAUGAUGUAAAGUAUUGUAGCUGAAAUGUGUCAGAACAUAAACUACUGUAUGAUUGAUUGAUUGGUAUUAUUUCGUCAGAAGAAAUGUUCUGGGAACAUGAAUGUAUUAUUUUAAGCCUAUAUCUGCUGGGAGGAUUAUUAAUUUGUGACUAUUGUAUUUAUGUACAGUGUUUAAGAGUACAUUGUUUUGUUUUUUUUUUUACUUAAUUUUGACUUCAUAUUUGUUUAGUAAAUAAUGGCAUGGUGGAAUCAGUGGUGUUUGGUUUUAUACACUUAAGAUAUAAAUUAUUGUGGGACUCGGUAAAGAUCAGCUGGUUGAUCCACUGACAUCAUAGAAUUCACCACGACUGUAUAUUUGGCCACAUUAACAAGUUUUACCGUUUCAGCUACGUAUUAAGUUAAAUAUUUAGUCUGUCAAGGAGACUAAUUUCUAUUAAGCAUUGUAAAUAUUCUUUUAUGUCAUUUUUACAUGAUUCAUAUUUUUCGCUGUCGCUUUUUUUACUUGAUCACUGAAGUCUGCAUUUGCACUCAAACCGUGAAAAAGUCAUUAUUUAGUCUCUGUAAAAGUAAAACUACACAAUUUGAAAUGCUUUUAUUAUACAUUAGACUUAUUGCUGAAGUGUGAAGUGAAAUGUCCUUAUUGUAGUGUUGAUGCACUACAGAGUGUUUUACUGUUCAUGUAUCUCUUUGUUCAUGCAUCCAUUUGAAAUGAAAAUAAAGUUUUGAAGACUUAA